AGCCGCUGAGACUGAGGAGGAAGAGGAGGAGGAAGACGCGCAGGAGGAGGAGGAGCGCUCCGUCAGUCCGUCGGUAAACAGCAGCGGUCGGUGACGGACUCAGACGGUCGGUGAGUCGAUAAAGAGGCUUCUUCAUGCCGGGGUCAUGUAACUUAUCAAGGAGGAUGGAGAUUCAGCAUUAAGCCAGCAUCCUGUGGGCAGGAGGUCUGAGGAGAGGCGAGGGAUCAUGGGCGAUGGAGGAUCCCUGCAGACUGAGGGGAAUGCCCUCCUCAAAGCUGUCUUCCAGGGGAAGUUGAGGCUGACCCGCCUGCUGCUCGAGGGUGGCGCUUACAUCAACGAGGGCAAUGAGCGUGGCGAGACGCCCAUCUCCGCUGCCUGCUUAGCAAGCUACGAUGACCCACAGACCCGGCAGAGGAUGGUGAGGUAUCUGUUGGAGAAAGGAGCUGACCCGAACAUCCCCGAUAAGAGUGGCCGGACAGCGCUGAUGCAUGCCUGUGCAGAGCAGGCAGGAAAGGAGGUGGUGUCACUGCUGCUGGAGAACGGAGCCGAUCCCAGCCUCAAAGACUACUCUGGUUCCUCUGCUCUUGUCCACGCCAUCAACAAAGGGGACCGAGACACCCUGCAGGUUCUGCUGGACUCCUGCAAGGCCAAGGGCAAGGAGGUGAUCAUCAUCACCACCGACACAUCUCCGUCAGGCACCAAGAAGACCAAACAGUACCUCAACUCCCCACCAUCCCCAGGCAUUGUGGACAAACUGUCUCCUGCCUGUAUGUCACCCUCUGAGGUGGAGAUUGGCACCUCCUCCCCUGCAGGAGACAAAGAUGAGGAAGGGAUCUUCAGCUUCAAACUCACCUCAGCAUUACCUUUACCUUCAGCUCGACCUCCAGGUGAGAAGAGGCCACCUCCCCGUAAACUGCUUAAGCGUCUGAACUCAGAACCGUGGGGCCUGGUGGCACCUUCGGUUCUCAGUGGGGUUCCCCAGGACCGGGUGGAUGGAGGUCUGGAGGAGGAGGGCAACAGCAACCUGAACAAGACGAUCACAGAGAUGAACGGACUGACUGUCACAGAGCCGGUGAGGCCACUAUUGUCACGGCGUCACAGCAUUGAGACGCACGACCCCACCUCCCCUAAACUCAUUGACCGAUCCUGCUCUGAGGACUGCGCAGGGCUGUCUGGUCCGUCGUGGGCUGACAAAGUGCAGCAGCACCAGAUCCUCUACCGCAGGAACACAGCUCCAGAAUCCCAGGAGAACGCUGCUGGACCUGGGACAGUUGUGGCCCGAGCCCUAGCUCACCCCAAGCUCACACGGAUGGAGCACUAUGAGUCAGAUACCCACCUUUGUCCAGAGUCCAUUCCUGGAUCACCGGACUCUGGGAGGGUUUCGGUAGAACGGAGGAGGUACAACGCUUCCCCCUUGUCCCUGGUCACCAGUUCUUCCAGGGAGUCUCUGGAAAACAUCCCCAACUCAGUUUCCCCCAUCACUAUGCGACGGCGUGGCCCAGGGCUCCUGGAGCGCCGGGGCUCUGGGACCCUGCUGCUGGACCACAUCUCCCACACCAGGCCCGGCUUCUUGCCUCCGCUUAACAUCAACCCGCAGAGACCCAUCCCUGACAUCCGGGCCAACGGGAAACCCACCUCCCCCAUCAACUCCGGACACAAGAUCCUGGUUCCAGUAGCCCCAGCCUCACCCAAACGGGGCCCAGACUUCAAGAUGAAGAAGAAGCUGAUGAGGAGACACUCAAUGCAGACAGAGCAGAUGAAGCAGCUUUCGACCUUCCAGGAGAUUCUGGCGGAGAAAGUCAUUGAGUCCAACGGGGAUUGAUGAAUGAAGACAAGGGAGCAAAGCAAAGGGUAGCUGCAGAGACUAAUCAGGGGUUGAUUUACUGUGAAGCAUCUCCAUUAGAUCAUCACAGAUGAACUCAAAUUAAUACCAUGGUGUGGUCUUUAAGGAGAGCUGCACCAACAAGGACUCAAUUCACCUGAGAAGAGUUUAGGUUUAAUACAGGUUUAGUCUGUUCCUGGUGUGAAACUGUGAGGUCAGUAUGAGUUUAAUCCAACCAACACUGAAGAUCAUUGCAACAUGCAGUUAGACUCUAUCACCUUACCGAUUACCUUUCAUAUAUAACAUCACAUCUUCAGGAAUCAGAUUAUUCUGAGAAUAUGAUGACGGGUGCAUGUCUGUGCAGGUUCUUCAGUGACAUUGCGUGACGCUUGUCAGCAGUGUCUUCACAGGUAGUCCUAAUUUGUUUUAACAUAUUAGUACGAAAGCUUUAAAUCAAACUACGUAUUCUUCAUCACAAAUACUGUUCUGGAUCUUUAAGAAACCAAAGUGCUUGAAAAGCAGUUUAAAGUCAGUGAGUUACGAGGAUAUACUUGCCUUGUUUGUGCAGAGGCCCGGCUCCCCCUGAUCAGCCACUGUGCUGACAUACAAGGGGAGUUCUUAAAACACCUAGAAUUUAAAUUAAACUCAGAAGGAAGAUUAUUACACCAUCUGCAUGCCUUCAGUUCCUAAUAAACCAUAUGACAUAUACCUGACACAGAUAUCACCUGCUUUUCAUACGGUGCAUGUGCAUUACAACUUGUAGGUUACAGUGGGUCUUCAAAAGCAUAAAAUGUUACUGUUGAGUAUUUUUGAACUAGAAAACGUUGAUAUUUAUUCUUUAUGAGUCAAACAUCAUGCAGAAGUACUUUACAUUUUCCAUGCUAAGUAAAGCUGGCAUCACCGCAGUCAGCCACGCAUUUGACCUGGAGCAGUCGGUGGGUUGGUUCUGGCCUAGUGGGCCUGUUUGAUAUACAGUGUUUAAUGUCUUCCAGUGGCAGUCACGAUUACUUCUUUCUAGUGUGGCAAACAGAAGAACAGCUUCCUGUUGCAUCGUUUUGCCACAGACAAAGUGCAGUACCUCUGGAUGACCAGUAGGAGAUCCACCAUCUUGGUGUAAAAUUCCUACAUCCAAGGAAAGCUCGAUGAAGAACUCCAACCCAAGAUCAGUUUAAUGAAUAAAAGAAAGGAUAACUGAAA